AAAUGGAACCAAAACUCAGUCACAGAAAACGGGAAAACCAGCAGGACAUCCGGAAGGCGCCUGCUGCCGGGGUAUAUAAGGCAGCUCGAAGGUCGGUCCCCUCACACUUCCUCAAGAGGUGUUAUAGGCUCAACAUCCUCUUCCUCUUCCGCCUUCCUCUUCAUCCCUCCAUCUGAUUACGUAUUGAAACAUGGGCAGCAGUAAGGCGGCCGUGAUGGUGCUGGUGGUGGUGGUGUUGCUGGCGGCGGCGGCGGUGGAGGGCUACGGAGGGAGGCAUUAUGGAUAUGGAGGAUAUGGUGGUGGUGGUGGUGGUGGUGUCUUGGGUGUUGACACGGGGGUCGUCAAGACGGUCCUGCAGGUCGUGACGGAAGUCAAGACGCAAACGGCGACGAAAACUGAAACGGCCCUCAAAACAGUGACGGAAACAGCGGUGAAAACAGAGGUGGUGAAGGAGACGGCCGUGAAAACGGAAACGGCCGUUAAAACAGUGACAGAAACAGCGGUGAAAAAAGAAGUCGUAACGGAAACGGCUGUGAAAACUGUGACUGGAACGGCUACUGCAACGGUGACGGUGACUGCUGCUGCUGGCGGUGGCGGCGCUGCUGGUGGCGGCGCUGGUGGUGGCGCAGGUGGCGGCGCAGGUGGCGGCGCUGGUGGCGGCGCUGGUGGCGGCGCUGGUGGGGGCGCAGGUGGCGGCGCUGGUGGCGGCGCUGGUGGCGGCAGUGCUGGUGGAAAUGCUGGUGGCUAUGGUGGUGGCUAUGGUGGUGGUGGUGGUGGUGGGGCAAUCCGCUACAAGUAUGGAAAAUAAGAAGAAAGGAAGUAAAAUCCACCUUCCCUUCUCUCCCUUUUCUUCUUCCCCCUCCUGUUUUGCUCCUUUUUUUCAUCUUUCCUUUCUCCCUCUCUUUUUCUUCCAUUUCUCUCACAUACUAUAGCGGCUGUACCUGCAUAACACUACUACUACUACUACUACUACUACUACUACUACUACUACUACUACAACUACUACUACUGUUUGUUUUUGCACUACUUUAAAAUAAUACUCUUACUUAUGGGAUCCUAAUAAUUGUUACUACUACUACUACUACUACUACUACUACUACUACUGUUUUUGCACUACUUUAAAAUAAUACUCUUACUAAUGUGAUCCUAAUAAUUGUUUCUAAUACCACUACAACUACUACUACUACUACUACUACUACUACUACUACUACUACUACUACUAUUACUACUACAAUGAUUGGAGAAGCUGAAAUUUGGACUUUGCCGAAGAUGCUACCUACAUUAGAUUAGGCAAAAUAAAAAUAAAAAAGAAUGUAAAACUAAUAAUAAUAAUAACUAUAAUAAUAAUAAUAAUAAUAAUAAUAAUAAUAAUAAUAAUAAUAAUAAUAAUAAUAAUAAUAAUAAUGAUGAUGUGUUUCCUGUAAUUAAUUAGCUUCCCUGACCUUUAAAUUACCUGUUGUUGUUUACGUUUACCUGUCGGACACCUGUUUAAAUGAGGGGUUAAUUAGCGUGUGAACUCGUUAACAAAUAA